UUUAUCAAAUAGAAAUGGAGAUGAAAAACAGCACAGAAAAUGUAGAAAUACAGCUUAUAGACGAACUAAAAGGAAAGGGCUUGUUUGCAAAGAAGAACAUCAACAAAGGUGAUGUUAUUUUUGAAGAGACACCGAUUAUUUCCACACAGUUUCUAUGGAAUGAGUUGUACAAAUACAAAGCAUGUGAAUACUGUAUGAAAUCAUUAGAAACAGCAGAAGAACAGGCACGUAGAUUGUCAACAAAUCCGCAUUUAAGUCUUCCACAUCCAGAAUGUGAUAUUACUGAUCAGACACCAUAUGUGGAUUGUCCUGGUUGUCAGGUGACAUAUUGCUGUGAGUUAUGUAGAAAGAUGGCAUGGGACGAAUAUCAUCAAGUCUUGUGUAUGGGUCCUAGUAGAUUAAGCGAAGAUAAUGAUCAUCCUUUAGCUAGGCUGCAGGAAACUUGGAGAAAUAUACAUUAUCCACCAGAAACCUCCAGCAUAAUGCUUAUAGUGAAGAUGGUAGCCCUAGUCAAACAGGCAAAAGACAAGUCGUCAGUUUUACAGAAAUUUUCACAAUUUGUGAAAAACACAGUAAAUGAAGAAGAUGAAAUUGUACAUAAACUUCUUGGUAAACAGUUCCAGGAACAACUUGAAUUACUUAGACAGAUGACUGCUGGUUUUAUCUUUGAAGAAAAUGUUUCCCAGUGGUUUACACCUGAAGGAUUCAGAUCCCUGUUUGCAUUGAUUGGUACAAAUGGACAAGGAAUAGGGUCUAGUUCUAUAAGUGUAUGGGUGAAGAAUUGUGAGGAUUUAGCCAUACCAGAUGAAGAGAAAGAACAACUUGAUGCUUUUAUUGAUCAACUUUAUGAAGAUAUGGAUAAAGUAUCUGGGACAUUCUUAGACUGUGAAGGUUCUGGCUUAUAUCUACUUCAAAGUACAUGUAACCACAGUUGCAUACCAAAUGCAGAAAUUACUUUUCCAAACAACAACCAUAAGUUGGUACUGGUGGCUAAAGAAAAUAUCAGUCAAGGGGAGGAAAUUUGCACCUGCUACUUGAGUGAAUGUGAUGUUACCAGAAGUAGACAUAGUAGACAGAAAUUUUUAAAAGAGAAUUACCUUUUUACCUGUGGAUGUGUGAAGUGUCUGUCAGAAGCAGAUCAAGCAGACCUCACAUCAGAGGAAGAUGAAGAGGAGGAAGAUGAUAUGGAAUAAUAAAAAUAACAUUUUA